AUGACUAGCGCACGAAAGACUGGCCUCCGCGGCCUGCUUUGCCUGCUGCUCUUGUCACCGUCAACGGCAUUUUAUAUCCCUGGCUGGUCGAUCAAGAGCUACAAGGACGGCGAACUGGUGCCGCUGAUGGUCAACAAGGUCUACUCCGACAACACACAGCUGCAAUAUGCGUACAACGACUUACCAUUUACCUGUUCUCCGACAGGAGACCACAAGGCCGGCGGCGGCUUACUGAGCGGCCAGAGCGUGCCUUUGAAUCUGGGAGAGGUGCUGCGUGGCGACCGCAUCAUCACAUCCGACAUGGAACUUGCCAUGGCGAAGGAUACGCCGUGUACACUGCUCUGUAAUAAGGAAAUGUCCCGCCAUGAUAUGCGCUGGUCGAAGGAGCUGAUCCGAGACGGAUACGUGGCCGAAUGGAUCGUGGACAACCUUCCCGGCGCAACCAGCUUCGUCACUGCCGACAAGACCCGCAAGUAUUACGCUUCCGGCUUCAAGCUGGGGUAUACUGAGGCCUCAAAAAAGACGGGCAAGCUUCACUACUAUCUUAACAACCACCACACAAUUGUCAUCCGGUACCGCAGAGCAUCAGGCCGAGCUGGCGAUCGUGGCAAGAAGGUAGUUGUAGGGUUUGAAGUUUAUCCCAAGAGUAUUGGGAACGGAAACAAAAAGGACAGUGCGGGAUGCCCCGCAGAUAUUCAGAAUGCCGACGAGCCCUUUGAGUUAUACAUCGCUCCUAACAGGACGUCUGAUGCGUCAUUGAAAUAUGAUGGCCUAUCAUACCACCCGAAUGAAGCAGAAGACGAUGAUAGCAGCCCCGGCUCACUGAACAUCCCUUAUACCUAUUCUGUCUACUUUCGCGAGGAUGAUAGUAUCGAAUGGGCGCAUCGCUGGGAUCUCUAUUUUGUGAAUCAGGAAGAUGGCACACGUAUUCACUGGAUGGCCAUUAUCAACUCGCUGAUCAUCUGUGGGCUGCUGACGGGAAUUGUCAUGAUCAUCCUCGCCAGGACUAUCCAUUCCGAUAUCAACAAGGGUAUUUCAGCGGAAGAAGGAAAGGUCAGGGCCAAGAGAGCGGCUAAGCCCAAGGGAGAGAAAACCUCGGGUUUGCUGAGCCAGGGAACAGAUGCUGACAACGAUGACGAUGAAAACCUGUCCGAUGAGGGCGAGGCUCUGGAAGAGGCUACAGGUUGGAAGCUGCUCCAUGGAGAUGUGUUCCGAAAACCAAGGCUUGGAAUCCUCCUGGCACCUCUUGUUGGAUCCGGUAUGCAGCUCUUCUUCAUGGCCAUGGGAUUGGUUUCCCUCGGUGCUUUGGGUGUCUUGAAUCCCAGCUUCCGAGGCGGAUUCAUCAGCGUUGGUGUGGGCCUGUUCAUCUUCGCAGGACUCUUCUCCGGCUACUUUUCUGCCCGCGUCUUCAAGAGCUUCGAUGGAGCCGACUAUCGUGCAAACGCGCUCGUCACCGCGUUGCUGUUUCCUGGCCUCACAUUUGGGCUUGUCUUCAUCCUUAACCUCUUUGUAUGGGCUCAAGCAUCAAGCACCGCAAUACCGUUUGGCACGCUUGCGGCCAUUCUGCUUCUCUGGCUCUGCGUGCAGGUGCCGCUCGUGUAUGCAGGAUCUCACUAUGGCUUUCACAAGGCCGGUGCUUGGGAGCAUCCGACCAAGACGACGACGAUCCCGCGGCAGGUUCCUCGGCAAGCCUGGUACAGUAAAUCAAUCCAAGCAGUGCUUCUAGCAGGAUUGAUUCCUUUUGCUGUCAUUUUUAUCGAAUUGUUGUUUGUGUUCCAAUCCAUAUGGCAGGACAAAAGCGGCUACUACUAUGUCUUUGGAUUCCUAGCAAUGGUGUCCGCCAUUCUGGUUGUCACUAUUGCCGAGGUGACCAUUGUGACCAUGUAUGCCCAGCUCUGCGCGGAAAACUACCACUGGUGGUGGCAGUCCUUCUUCGUUGGAGGUGCAAGUGCAUUUUGGGUCUUUCUUUAUUCACUCUGGUACUAUUUCUUCAAGCUGCACAUCAGUGGCUUCGUGAGCAGCAUGCUGUUUUUUGCCUACAGUUUUAUGGCGUGCUGUGUGUAUGGACUAUUGACGGGCACCAUUGGGUUCUUGAGCGCAUAUGCCUUUGUGCGAAGGAUAUACAGAUCAACUCGGCCACCCGUUUCUACAACUCCUCGAACAAGCAAGGACGGCUUUCACGAUUCGACAGAAGCAGUGCUAACGUGUUGGUGUGGGAACGGAAUCGGAAAUCCUGGAACAGACUCAGAGUCCGACGAUGGGGGUCCACUCAUUCCGCUGCAGAGCCCGACCUUUAUUACCCCGAUAAAGGAUGGCCAAGUUCGGUCGGGCUUCCGUGACCUAAAAACCCAAAAAACGCUGACAAUGGCGAGGAAUCCGAAGUGGCUGCUCCACAUGGGCUUAGGCCGCCGAGUCGGAAAUGUCACCUUGCUAUUUUCCAACGGUGGGGGGAUGGAAAACAGAGGGUUCAGAGUCGGUGUUUUAAAAGUUGAUGCAAAUCGCCUCGAUUCCAAGUUUCAAACGCAUCAGACACGGUUCAUCACAAGCCGGCAAGGAGGUUCGGACAUAUCGAAGGCAAAGAAAGCAGCAGAAACAGACAUGGCGAAUCCAAUGGAUACAGACCAGUUUCGGGUGGCGGCCAAAGCGGCAAUCGAUGAGAUCGCCAACUACUAUGACAACAUCUCUGAUCAUCGAGUUGUUGCUGACGUUGAGCCCGGCUACCUGAGGCCGCUCCUCCCUGCCUCGGCGCCCCUGGAUCCUGAGCCAUGGGAGUCCAUUCAAUCCGAUAUCCAGUCCAAGAUUCUGCCUGGAAUCACUCAUUGGCAGUCUCCCGGAUUCAUGGCCUUCUUCCCUUGCUCAAGCAGUUAUCCCGCUGCAAUUGCCGAAAUGUACUCUAACGCUUUCAACGGUGCUCACUUCAACUGGAUCUGCUCCCCCGCCGUCACUGAGCUGGAGACAAUCGUGAUGGAUUGGUUGGCCCAGGCUCUGGGACUGCCUGAAUGUUUCCUGAGCGGCGGGCCGACUCACGGCGGCGGUGUGCUUCAUGGAAGUGCCAGCGAGGCCAUUCUGACGGUCAUGGUUGCAGCCAGAGACAAGUACCUGAACGAGGCAACGGCUCAUCUGCCCGAGGGCGAGGAGAAGGAGGAGGAAACCUGGAGGCUUCGCAGCAAGCUCGUUGCCCUGGGAAGCGCGGGUGCACACUCCAGCACCAAGAAGGCGGCCCAGGUCUUGGGAGUGCGAUUCGACACUGUGCCCGUGUCGGAGGAGAAUGGCUUUUCCAUGACGGGUGAAGCUCUGGCGAAGAAGCUCGACCAGCUCAAGGCAAAGGGCCUGGAGCCAUUCUACUUGACAGCCACACUAGGAACGACGGAUGUCUGUGCCGUCGACGACUUCGCCAGCAUCGCCAAGGCUCUGGCCCCGAGAGCCGGAAAGCCGGGCGAGGUCUGGGUCCACGUCGAUGCUGCGUAUGCAGGCGCGGCGCUGCUCCUCGACGAGAACAAGCCACUUGCGAAGCCCAUGGCUGAAUUCCACUCCUUCAACUACAACCCCCACAAGUGGAUGCUCACGACAUUCGAUUGCUCUGCGGUCUGGGUUCGCGCCCGCGGACAUCUCAUCAACGCCCUCAGCAUCAAGCCCCCCUAUCUGCGGAAUCAGUACAGCGACAACGAGCUCGUCACCGAUUACCGCGACUGGCAGAUCCCCCUGGGCCGACGAUUCCGCUCCCUGAAGCUGUGGUUCGUCCUCCGCAGCUACGGCAUCCGCGGCCUGCAAGCACACAUCCGCAACGGCGUCACCCUGGGCGAGUCUCUGGAAGCCAAGCUCGCGACGCGGCCGGACCUGCUCACCAUCUUCACCAAGGCGCGCUUCGGCCUGGUGUCGUUCCGGGUCAAGGGCGAUGGCGAAGAGCAGAUCAACAGUCGGACGGAGAAGCUGUACGAGGCGAUUAACGCGAGCGGCUUGUUCUACUUGACGAGCACGGUGGUGAAUGGCCACUUUGCGAUUAGAGUGUGUACGGGAGUGGCGGCUGUUAGGGAGGAGCAUGUGCAGAAGCUGUUUGACUUGUUGGUUGAGACGGUUGAGGGGCAGUUGAAGUUGGAGUAA